AUGUAUGGAUCAGACAUAAGCAGAGAAAUUUUAUAAAAUAAUUCAAGUUUGUCAAGACCUGGCUAGAGCUUAAGUGAUUUCAGAAGAAGCAUAAAUCACCACGAAUCAAUAAAAGUACUCAAUGUUUUUUACAAUUCAUUUCAACAGUUCUACACAAACAUUGGUGAUAUGGAGAACACUAAUAAAUCUCGACCAACUCGUAACUUCAAACCCUCCCAUAAUAAAUCGAGAAUUGAUUCCAAAAAUCGACAUCUUGCGAAAGCAAAUUAUCUGGAUAUUGAGCAAAAACAAAACAUGGAGGUUGUUGUAGAAGACCAAAAGGAAAAAAUACUGCAAAUUACGAAGAGGUCACCGAAGAUUAAUAAGGGACAACAAGUGGAGGGAAAGACGAAUAAUGUUGAGAAUAUACUCCAAAAGCCUCCAUGUGGUAAGAGAAAUAAAAGAAAAACCUCAAAAAGAUCAAGUUUAAGUUACUUGUUAAAAGAAAAGAACUCGAAAAUUGCAACUAGCAGUGGAGGAGAUGUUGAUAAAGGAUCAGAUAACCCAGACCUAGGACCUUACCUACUUAAGAAAGCUCGAGAUAUUAUCUCGUCUGGAGACAACCAAGAAAGGGCAUUUGAAUUUGCUCUUCGAGCAAAGAAAUCAUUUGAAAGUUGUGGAUAUGAGAAGCCAAACCUUGAUUAUGUAAUGUGUUUGCACUUUUUGGCUUCUAUGCAUUGCAACACAUGCCAAUAUAAGGAAGCCAUUUCUCUUCUAGAACAUUCCAUUGAAAUUCCAAAAAUAGAGUUAGGCCAAAACCAUGCCCUUGCCAAAUUUGUGGGGUGCAUGCGGUUGGGGGACAUCUAUGCAAUGAUGGGUCAUAUCGAGGAGUCGUUUGAUCGAUAUAAAGUUGCUUUGGAUAUUCAGAAACAAGUCCUUGGGGAUAAAGAUACUCGUUUUGGAGAGACUUGUCGGUAUGUAGCAGAGGCUUAUGUGCAAGCAUUUGAAUUUGAUGAAGCGGAGAAGCUGUGUAGAAGGGCUCUUGAUAUCCGUAAAGUAAAUGGCUGCCCUCCUUCAAUUGAGGAAGCUGCAGAUAGAAGAUUAAUGGGUCUUAUAUGUGAUUCAAAAGAAAAUUACGAAGCUGCUCUUGAAAAUUAUGUAUUAGCAAGGAUGGCCAUGCAUUGCAAUGGGCAGGAAUCAGAUGCUGCAGUUAUUGAUUGUAACAUUGGGGAUGCAUAUUUAGCCUUGGCUCGUUAUGAUGAAGCAAUCUUUUCUUAUAAAAAAGCGCUCAGUACUUUAACAUCUAGCAAAGGCAAGAAUCAUCCAGCAGUUGCUUCCGUUUUUGUCCAUUUAGGAGAGCUUUACAAUAAGAUCGGAAAAUUCAGUGAGUCCAAAUCUUAUUGUGAAAGUGCCUUUGAGAUUUACAAUAAGAAGCCUAAUGAUACCGAUGUGGAGGAUGUGGCAAAUGGUUUUACUGAUCUUGCAACGAUCUAUGAGUCAAUGAAUGAGCUCGAUCAAGCCCUUAAUCUAUUGCACAAGGCACUUGAACUACAGAAAGAUCAAGGUGUACAAAGGAGCAAGAUUGCAGGAAUUGAAGCACAAAUAGGGGUGAUAUAUUUUAGGCUAGGGAACUACACUGAUUCCUACAACUUUCUAAAAAGUUCUGUUUUGAAAUUUGAAGCUUCAGGGGGAAAGAAAUCAUCCCUUUACGCGAUCAUCUUGAAUCAACUAGGUCUUAUAUGUGUGCAUCUAUGUAAAAUAAGUGAGGCUUCUCAACUAUUUGAAGAAGCCAAGAGCAUUUUGGAUAGAGAAUACGGGACGAUUCAUCCCGAUACUCUAGGGGUUUCUAGUAAUCUUGCUAGCACUUAUGAUGCCCUUGGAAGAUGCGAAGAUGCAAUUGAGCUUUUGGAAUUUGUGGUGGUGAUGCGAGAAGAGAAACUUGGAACAGCUGAUCCCGUCGUGGAUGAUGAGAAAAGAAGGUUGGUUGAAUUAUUGAUCGAAGCAAGGAAGGUUAGAAGAAGAAAAACUAGAUCACUGGAAAUCCUUCUUGACAAGUCUCUAUAACUGAUCAUAUA